UAAGGUUGAUGUUUGGUGAGGAUUACCACAAGUUGCGGGGAUGAGUUAAGAAGACAGAAAGCCGAACAGUAAAAGACAACUCCACCACCACCACAACAAAUAAACAAACAAACAAACAUGGAUCUAACACUUGCAUUAUCCGCGAUUAUUUUCACUUUGCUCGCCAUUGUCGUCGCCACGUCGCUUUUCAGCAGCUCCUCGUCUGUUGCACCAGACUUUGCAAACGCACGGAGUUAUUUCGGCUGCAGAGGAGAUAGUGCAACCUCAGGAUCGGACCUGUCAGGAGGACCCAAACUGAAUGGUUAUGUACCCGAAAUCAAGAAAAAGAAGAGCAAAAAGCCGGAGGAUUGGUGUGAGAUCAGUGGCAGCUCACAUGACCACUGGGAUGUAGUGAAAUCUGUGCUUUCAGAGGAGGCACAGCCCAACCUUCACACUGAAGAAUUGGCAAAACCAUCUAACUCAUCUAGCCUGUCCGUCCCCAGGCAUGGAUCUAGGAACAUGAGCUUAGAUGUAGACCCGUCAUUCGAGGCCUCGUCAGGGCGGAUCCGUACGUCAUUCAUUGGGCUCUCUGAUAAGGAGCUCUUAAAGUGUGCUUUCUCUCACCCCCAGACUGAAGGAGCCACAGAGAGCCCAGACAUAAACGAUAAGGAUGCGUCAAAUUCAAACGAUUCCCUGAAGUACGUCCCUGGAAAGGCGAGAGACCACCAUCUGAAGAUGAUGAUGUCCGAAGAGGAGCUGGAGGAGGAGCAGAGGGUGCAACGAGAGCAGCUAGCCGAAAUCUUCCAGCUGCUGAAAGAAAACUCAGAGACAUUUGGGGAUGUGUCUGAGGGAGACAUGGAGGAGCAGCUGAGACUUUACUCUAUCUGAGACCCCUCCCCUCCUCUCUCAUUCAGGUCUUCGUGCUGCGUGAUACGCUUACCUGUGAGCGCUGCUGUGAAGGGACUCCUCCAGUGCACCAAAUAUGCUAACUCUCCAAACUUGUUCACAGUAUUCAACACAGCUGUACAGUCUGCUCGACAAUAUUCAAGAAAUGCCACCAACCGUCCUCGUUUUUUGUUUUAAUAUGACACACUCUUCUGUUGUGUCGUUUCCUUGGUGUCCCGUCUGCCCUUCAUCCACACUCCAGUCCACAUGAAGGCUAAACCAAAGCAGCUGGACCUCUACAACCCAGAGCAGGAAUUUCUAGCUACUCAUGCAAAUAAGGACUAAAAGGGAAAAAGGACUGUUGUUUCUAUUAGUUUUAUAUUAUAAUAAAAUAAAAAAAAAGUUUAAUUUAUUACAUAGACUUUUUUUAAAUCCAAUUUUAUCUCCAUUGAUUGUGUCCCAGGUGUAAAUCCUGUAAAAGCUUAUGCAUGACUCCCGUCUUCUGUUGUGCA